CAAGCAUUAUGCUUCAUUAAUAAGGUCAAACAUAAUUAAGAAAAUAACUUUGUUAUAACUCUUUUCGUUUCUUAACAUCUUUCAAUUCAUGUGAAGUAAAUCAAUACAGAAUGGCUCAGUCAAAUAUUCCGAAUCUUCAUCCAAUCCAACUAAAGAGAAACACGGAGUUAAACAUGAAAGAUGAUGAUAUGUCGCUAUUGUUUCAACAGACAGUGAAUAGAGAAGAUGGCGAAGCGGAAAGUCGACAAAAAAGCUCAUGUUGUUCACCUUUUACUGAUCCCGAACUUAAUGUCUAUAAACUGUUUUAUUUCCUCUUUUAUGCUGCAUCAGCUCUUUUCGCUUAUCUACCUCUUUACUACAAAAAUUCGCUUCUCUUAGACCAUCAUCACAUUGGUAUAUUGAUGGGAAUUAGGCCAUUUUGUGCCUUUCUUAGCGCCCCCGUGCUCGGCGGCUUUGCUGAUAAAUUCAACAAAUACAAAUCAAUCUUAUUCACGGGUCUCAUGGCGUACAUUAUUAUAUACUUAUCAAUAACAUUUGUAGACGGAGUUCCUAAAAAUUGUGGUGAUGAAGUCGUUGGGAACAUUACUAACACGACGCCAGUAGUCAAAGGAGCUGAGGCAAAAGCCAAUCCGGUGUUGGAAGUUAAUGAAAAAGACAAAUUUUCGCAGUUACUUGCCGACAUAAUUAGUAAGAGAAGCAAAGCUACAGAAUUACAAAACCAGGGACAGUCUACGUCGCUAAACAUCAAGGAAUCAAAAUCACAAACCUGGAAAAGUUUUGACAUACCUAGGUAUUAUAGUGAAGAUGAAAAUUAUUUACGAAAAAUAAAAGUUGUGUUCAAGAAUGAUGAAGAUCAUAUACUGACAAAUAAUGACAAGACAAUCAUUACAGAAAUCGUCAGCAAUUCAACAAAGGAAAAAGACCAUUACGACAAGUAUUGGUUAGAUGCCCCAGAGACUGCUGGAGAAGAUGCGUGGCCAAUUGAUGUUUAUCGCAAAGAACGACCAAAUCAUAUUUCAAAAGAAGACGCGAACACCCGUCGUCACAUCUUCCUGACAUUAUUAAUAUUAAUGUUGAUUGCUGAUGUGAUAGGUGCGCCUAUUCUCAGUCUGACUGAUACGGCAACUUUGCAGACUUUGAAGAAACAGCCUUACAAAUAUGGUCAUCAAAUAGCCUGGGCUGCGGUUGGUUUUGGAGUGAUGUCAAUAACUGCCGGCAGUGUUUUGCACUAUACUGUAUCAGAAGAAGACGAAGUCAAUGAUUGCCCAGAAAAAACAGCAACGAGAUACAAGCCGGUGUUUUAUAGCUGUUGCAGUUUGCUACUUCUUGCAUUGUUCGCGUCAUGUAAAUUUCGUUUCAAGACGUACGAGGGGAAAAAUGCGAGAGGUUUUUUUUUCGCUUUUUUCAAGUAUUUCAACAACCUUGACUACAUUUUAUUUGCAUUUCUUGCUUUCUUCACUGGUCUUGGAACAGGCUUGACGGAAAGUUUUCUGUUUGUGCAUCUUAUUCAUAUCGGAGCUACACCUUUGCUAUUGGUUGUCACAACAGCAGUUCAAAGCAUCUCAAAGGUGACAUUCUUCUGCCUCACACCGACAUUAAUCCUUAAAUACGGAUAUUUUCCUAUCAUUUACGCAGGAAUGUUCACUAGUGUCGUCACAUUUUUCUAUUACUCAUUUCUUGUUGCUCCGUGGAUGGUUGUACCAAUAGAAAUUCUCUCAGGUAUUUCUCAGUCAUGUGUAUGGGCAGCAUUGGUAAGUUAUGUUGGUGCACCUCCAAAGAUUGGUGCUACUUUACAAGGAAUUGUUCAUUCACUUCACAUUGGUCUGGGAAGAGGAAUUGGUGGAUUUUUUGGUGGAAUGAUACUUCUUCAUUAUGGUUUUUCUAUUUUAUUUCGAUCUUUUAGUCUGUGCAUUAUCGUUGUUCUUAUAAUUGUUUGCCUAGUUCGUUAUCGUAGAGAAAAUGAUGUUGAACCAAUUUGGUCAAAACUUUGGGACUAUUCUCCGGUGGCCCCUUACGAAUCAUUUUAUGACAAAGAGUAAAGUUAAUUAUAGUUUAAUGCCUAAUUAUAUAGAUAUAUUUGUACACAUUUGAAAAUCGGUACAUCCCAUGCAUUUUAUUAUUUAUAGAAAUUUCUAUUAUAAAUAAUUGUAAUAAAUAAUUUUAUUGAGCUUUCGACUGGGUGCGUCGAGCCUUUUUGAGGGCUUCUUGUAUUCUGAAGGCUUGAAGCACCGAGCCGAAAGCUCAAUAAAAUUAUUAAUCACAAUCCGGAGAAAUUUCUGCAAUAAAUAAUAUAUGUUUAAAUAUAUUUAUAAAUAGACGUUCCAGAAUCCACUUUAUGAUUGUUACUAAUGUGUCAAACACAAUGAAAUGUAAAUUUUACAUAUCAGUAUUGUUGGAGUUUUAAAA